AUGGAAGAAUUCCCCGAGGCAGAGCUAAUCAACCUGCUGGAUGAGGGGCUCCUGGUCGACUUUACGGGUAGUCUCACCCCCAGCCUGCGACGGCGCAUGAGCGGCCUGAUCUGUUACUGCCAGGACCAUAGUGCCGAUGCGAUUGGGUUGGCCUGCUCGGUUUACGCCCCUGUGGUGGACUCCGCACGGGACCUCGUUGACGUUCCGCUUGUGUCCUCGUACGGCCCAGUGAUGGCCGAGGCAGUCGCGGCCGGCUCGCGCGUGGCUGUGAUCGCCACCAACGAGGCCACGAUGUCCGAUUCGGAGUAUUACCUGGAGAAGGCCGCAAGACAGUCCGGGAAGAAUAUUCAGGUCAAGAAACGUCUGGCCGCAGACCUGAUACAGGUGCUGAGAGAGAAGGGCCAUCAGGCCUUCGAGCACCGGUUGGAGCAGGAGACUCUCGCACUUUCCACGGAGACCGACGUGGUAUUGCUGACCAGUUCUCCUUCGCCACCGCUUUGGAACACCUGCGCAAGGUCUCUCCCGUGCCCGUGCUCUCGGCUCCCCAUAGCAGCGCACGGGCACUGA